UAAAGAACUGGGACACCUUUCCAAACUGAAGGUAUCAGGUUGCCUUUGAGUUUGCUUUCUCCUGUGAAUUGGUCUAGUCAAAGUCUUGGUUUGGGUUGUUUAGGAUCACAUGGCAGGAGACGCUAAAAGCCUGACGCCCAGGCAGUGUGCCGUCAUGGAUGUGGCUCUGGAUACCAUCAAGCAAUACUUUCAUGCGGGCGGGAACGGCUUGAAGAAGACUUUCCUGGAGAAGAGCGCUGAGCUUUCGUCGCUCCGCCACGCUCUGUCGCUCUACACCCAGACCACCGACACGCUCAUCAAAACCUUCGUGACCACGCAGCAUUCACAGGUGCACAAUGGGAAGGGUAUUAGGUUAACCCCUAAUGAGAAAAUCCAGCCCAGCAGGGGCUCAGGUGUGGACAAACCCAUCGGAGAGGUUUCCCUGCAGAUUGAGCUGUACACUCAUCCCAAGAGCGGAGAGCGGAAAGUUACUCUCAAAGUGAUUGCAGCCAGUGAUUUGAAGUGGCAGACGUCUGGGAUGUUCAGACCCUUCGUGGAAGUCACGAUGAUCGGGCCGCACCUCAGCGACAAGAAGCGCCGAUUUCAGACCAAAUCCAAGAACAACAGCUGGUCUCCCAAAUACAACGAGACCUUUCACUUGUAAGUUCAAAACCAAACGUCGUGACACAUUUAGGAUUUGAAGCUCUUUUAAUUCUGACUUCAUAAACUGUUGGUUACACAAAACAAAGUCCUUGUGAAA